AUGAACGAUGGUAUGUCGCAGGAUCCAUGGGAUAAGGUUCUAAGUGCGAGUGAAUUGCUUCGUUCAACUGGUGCCGAGCGUUUCGGUGUUGCUCUUGGAGAUAAGGUUGACCUCCGUGAACUGAAGCAUUAUAUAGGUGAUGAGAAGCGAAUCUAUCGAGAUGGAUCUACGGAAAGGUUAGCGAGGAUUUCAUUGUUUCGAGCUUCAACCUACGCCAUUCUCAUAUUGAAACAGGAAUCGUAUUGA